AUGCGUGAAAACUUGAUUUUCUCCGGCAUCCCUGAACAAACUCCCGACGACCCGGACACCAACAUCAAAACAUUCAUGGCUGCACACCUCAAUCUAUCACCCGACACCAUCAACAAAAUCACUUUCCACAGAGUUCACCGUCUCGGCAGACCAUCCAACAAAGGAGUGGUGAAAAGCAAAGGAAAGGAACUCAAAGGAAAACCGGACGAGCAGGAAGACCUCACUUUUGUGAAAAACUACCAACCAAAAGAAGGAGCCACACAUCUCAGGAUUCUGCUUCAUGGACCAGUCGGUGCCGGCAAGUCCAGUUUCAUCAACUCUGUGGAUAGUGUCUUACAAGGCAGAAUUACCGAUCGAGCCUUGACAGAUGCAACAUCUGGGAGCAGCUUCACCAAAAAGUACAAAACCUACAAAAUCCAUAAAGGUCCAGACGACUUUUAUUCUUUCGUUUUCAAUGACACCAUGGGCUUUGAGAAAGAUACCAACACUGGUGUUCUUGUGGAAGACGUCAAACUGGCCCUGAAAGGACAUGUGGAAGACGGUUACAAGUUCUCUCCCAGCCAGGAACUGAUGGAGGGUGAUAAAGGUUACAGGUCAGCUCCCACUCUGGACGACAAAGUUCACGUUCUGGUUUGUGUGCUUCCUGUCGGCUCAGUAUCUUUAAUAAGUGAAGAAGUUGUGAAGAAGAUGAGAGAAGUCAGAUACGCAGCCAGUGACAUGGGAAUUCCCCAACUGGCUAUUCUCACCAAAGUGGAUGAAGCCUGUCCUAAAACCAACAGAAAUAUAAAGGAUGCCUAUAAGAGCAAGUACCUGAAGCAACAGGUUGAUGCAUUCAGCUUGUUGCUGGGUCUUCCACAGAGCUCCAUCUUCCUCGUGAAGAACUAUGGUUCAGAUGGAAACAUGAAUGAUGACAAUGAUGUGCUGAUACUGAGUGCACUGAGAAAGAUAAUCACAUCUGGAGAAGACUUCCUCAACGACCUGUAG